AUGCUCUCUACGUCGGUCUUGGUGCUUGGCUUGUCUGCCUUGGCGAGCGUGGUCACCUCCAAGCCAGUCUCAUCACGCGCCAGCUGUGUCUAUACGUGCGGCAGCGUUUGUUAUUGGCAGGAGGAUAUUGAUGCAGCGCUCGCAAAAGGCUACUCCCUCUAUCAGUCUGGAAAAACUCUUGGUUCGGACAAAUACCCCCACCAGUACAACGACUACGAGGGCUUCAGCUUCCCGACUUCUGCGCCGUGGUACGAAUUUCCUAUUCUUUCGAGCUUCCAGGUCUACUCGGGUGGCUCGCCUGGGGCCGACAGAGUCAUUUUCGACUCGAACGGAAACUUUGACAGUUUAAUCACGCACACCGGUGCAAGUGGUGACAAUUUUGUCGCCUGCAAAGCCUAA